AUGCCUCAUCGUGUUACCGCGAGGGCAAAAUCAUUUUCUUCCCAACCAUCAAUUGCUCAAAAAUUAAAAGAUGAUCCUGUAGAUCCUAAAAAUGCUCAAGCUAGCGUUACGUGUGUUUACCAGUCUCAUAUCGGGGGAUAUUGGCGUAAUGUGACUGUUAUAUGGAGAAAGAAUUUGAUGAAUCAUUGCCUCACCAUAUCCGUUGAUAGCGUAGAAAAUGAAGAUCAUCAAACUUGCAAGAUUGAUCUAAAACCUUGGCAUUUUUGGGCCAAAAAAAGUUACAAGACAUUUGAGGUUGAUGGAAAUCAAUUGGAGGCUUAUUGGGAUUUAAGAUCAGCAAAAUUUUCUGGUAGUCCUGAACCCUUUAAAGAUUUUUACGUCGCGUUAAUUGCAGAGGAAGAAGUUGUUUUAUUAUUAGGUGAUUACAAGAAAAAAGCUUAUAAGAGAACAAAAUCAAGGCCAGCUCUUGUAGAUGCAUUGUUGUUUUACAAAAAAGAACAUGCUUUUGGUAAGAAAAGUUUCUCAACAAGGGCAAAAUUUGAAAACAACAAAAAAGAAAGUGACAUUGUUGUAGAAAGUUCAACUUCAGGUCCAAGAGAUCCUGAAAUGUGGAUAAGUAUAGAUGGGAUUGUUUUGAUUCACAUAAAGAAUUUACAAUGGAAAUUCAGGGGAAAUCAGACGGUACUAGUACACGAGCAGCACGUACAAGUAUUUUGGGAUGUGCAUUCUUGGUUGUUUUGUGAACCUGGUUCUAGUCAUGGAUUGUUCAUUUUCAAGCCAGGGGUGUCUGAAUUGGAAAGUGACAGAGAAGGAAGUAGCGUUGGAGGUGACAGUGAUUGCAGCGAUCAUACUAAGUAUUACUCGACGUUGAGUCAUUCCAGAGCCUCGCCUUUUUGCCUUUUCUUGUGCGCGUGGAAGAUUGAGUAA